ACCUUCCAAACACAUACUCAAGUUCAACACAGCACGACAUAAAGUUCAUAUAUGAGAAAAAGAAAAAAAAAAAUCACAAACCCCAUACUCAUACUACCACUACUACUCCCACACUACUUAUAACAACUUCAACUACAAUUUUGAGAGGAAAAUAAAAUCCAACUUUUUUUUCCAUCACAUAAAAAUCAUAACUUUUUUUUUACAACAAAUAAAAAUCAAGAAAAAUGAUCAAAGGAAGAGAAAACAAGCUAUUAGGAACUCAAUCAGCAGAUUUCUUAGUAUGUUUCCCAUCAAGAAGCCACCUCACACUAAUGCCUAAACCCAUCUGCAGCCCUGCUCGACCGUCGGAAUCAAACAAACGCAACCACAACCACCACCUUAAAAGGAUCAACACUCGAGCUGCCGCCGCGGGAGGCCAAAACAGCCCACUAGUAUGGUCUAAAAACAACCAAUUACGGCCGGAAAUAGCGGAGCCAACUUCCCCGAAAGUCACCUGCGCAGGGCAGAUAAAAGUGAGGCCGAGCUCAUCAAAAAGCUGGCAAUCUGUAAUGGAGGAGAUUGAGAGGAUUCACAACCGUGGAAAAUCAUCAUCAUCAUCAUCAUCAUCCAAUAAGAAGAAAUCGAAAUUGGUUCAUGGGUUUGGGUUUAAGAAAGAUGUUAUGAAUUUCUUGACUUGUUUGAAGAAUUUACGGGUUGAUUUCCGGUGUUUUGGCCGGUUUCCUGAUUCCGAUAUCAUCAGCUCCGACGACGACGACGACGAUGGAGAAGAAGAAGACGACGAGUUCGAAAACGACGACGUUUUUGAUAUCAAUGAAGAUGAUAAAGAAAACAAAAACAGUAUUAUUACUAAUAACAGUAAUAUUACUAAUAAUAGUAAUAAAAAUAGUCCAUUGUUUUCUAAAUGGUUCAUGGUAUUACAAGAGGAGAAUCAACGGAGAGAUAUUACUACAAUUAGUGAGAAAAUAGUGAACGAUGAAUCUGUUUCGGCUGUUCCGCCGCCGAAUGCUCUGUUAUUAAUGAGGUGUAGGUCUGCGCCAGCGAAGAGCUGGUUAGAGGAGAAAGAAGAUGAAGCUAAAACAGAGGAAGUUGAAACAGAGGAACAAGAUGAUGAAAAGAAGGAGAAGAUGAAGAAAAAAAGAGAUAGUUUGGAAAUAUUGAUGAAAUAUGAUGCAGAUUUUUAUAAUUUGUCUUCAGAAAUUGUUCAGGAAACUUGGGUUAUUGGUGGAUGUAAAGAUACUUUUUCCAGGAGCAGGAGUUGGAGAAGGUGAUCUUCAUUCCUCUGUUUUUUUUUUUCUUUGGAGUAAAAUAAUUUUAUUACUCUUUUUCUAAUAACUUUUUUUACAAUUUUUUGUGGGGUUUUAUUUUAUUAUUUGGGUUUUUUUUUAAUUGGGGAUGAAAAAUCUCAAAUUACCAAAUUUUAUUUUUUUAAACUUUGAUGUUUGUUUCAUAGUGAGUUUUUUUGUGUUUUUUGGAAUUGUAUUGUAAAAUCUUGUACAGUUGCUGAUUUCUUCUGUAAGUUGGGCAAUAAUAUUUUAAAGUACCAACUGAAACAGAGCAAUAUAUGAUAGUGGAGUAUAUUCAUUUUA